UUGUGAGAUUAAUAUACGGCGCUAGUGUUUUGGAUCGUCAUUGUAAACAGGUCCCUUUACUGCUGCACCUGUGCUGUCGUUGUUGUAGAUAACGCGAGAGGUGAUAGACGUUGCGAACUUGAUAACGCGACUUGCAGAUCUCUCGCCGCGUUCGAAGAAACAGGUACGAAAAGUGGGUUUGUCGUGCGAAUGUUAGUGAAAAUUUUGAUGAAAUUGCAGUGUAGUCUGUGAAUAGUUGUUAGCUAUGUUUUCGGGUACUUUGGACAAAGCUGCUGUGGAUCGGAGUUAGUUUACCGAUUCGCAAUUGUGUGACCUUGAAUAAUCGCUAGAGCAACUUCUCAAGAAAAGGCAAAACCUCCACGAUGCGCUAACGCAUACCUACAAAGAAAGAGUGUGCGGACACGCUAGUGCGAAAGUGUUAGUGAAAGCUGAGCAUAUUUUGCCGGCUAAACAGCGGCCCAAAACAACCGCCACCGAAUUGAGCGACGUUGCCAGAUUUUGGUAGAACAGGCGGCUGUGUGAUUUUUGGGUUAAAAGAAAUCGAAGAAAAAUUGAAAAAGUGCAGCUAAAAUACAACACCCUACAGACGAGAGGGUGCUAUGUGCUCGGUACAUUUAUUUUACCUCGGACUUCAUUUAUAAUCAAAUAUUCCAGUUUGUUUAUUACCGUUAUUUCGGAACCUCGAGCAAAACUACCGUCGGCAUUUAGAAGGAUCAAAAAGCAUAUUAACAUCCUCUUACAUCCAAUUUUCCCGCUCAUUCUACUAAUGAUGACAUUGAGAAAGAAUAUGGGUCACAAUUAUGACAUUUAUUUUUUUACCAUCAAACCAAAUAGCCAAAUGGGGUUAUAUAUUGUGGUUACUCCAAUCAUUUUAAAAUAGAAGCAUAAAAAGUCGAGUAACACCAACCGCGGGGACUUUAUUGCACGGAACCAUCUGUCAUUUUCACAUUCUUCUGGUUCAAAUGGUCGUUGGUGAGACAUAAAAUAAUAAAGCCAUAAACCAUUUAAAUGCCCACGCUACUGUGUUUCCCUCGUGUCCAAAGUUGAAUUAAUCUUGUAGCUCUUCAACAUUGAAGUGAAAAAUGUUGCUCCGUGGAGCGUUUCGUCAAUGUAUUUCGGGUAGACAUGGUGGUGCAGCGGUGAGGACCUUCGCUUCAGCCCAUCGAGAAAUUCCGGCCCUAACUCGCGAUCGCUAUCCGGUGCAGCGAGGAUCGUUUGCGGAGCUGAACGAGAGCGAUGUGGCGACCUUCAGGAGUAUUCUUGGAGAUUCUACGAGCCGUGUCCUGACCGCUGCCGAUGAGGUGCAGGAUUACAACAUCGACUAUCUGCGCAGUGUCCGCGGUUGUGGCCGGGUUGUCCUGAAACCACGAACCACGGCAGAAGUGAGCGAACUGCUCCGCUACUGCAAUGAUCGACGAUUGGCGGUGUGUCCUCAGGGUGGGAACACCGGUCUCGUCGGUGGAUCGGUGCCCGUUUUCGAUGAAGUGGUGCUCUCGAUGCAGCUCAUGGAUAAAAUCGAACGGAUUGACGAAUACUCCGGGAUCGUCGUGUGUCAAGCGGGUUGUGUUCUCGCGAAUCUCGAGGAGCAAGUUGGAGCUCGAGGGCUCAUCAUGCCGCUGGAUCUUGGAGCAAAAGGGUCGUGCCAUAUCGGCGGCAAUGUGUCGACGAAUGCUGGCGGUCUACGGUUGGUUCGCUACGGAAACUUACACGGUUCGGUGUUGGGCGUUGAAGCGGUGACGGCGGAAGGACGGAUUCUAGAUCUAAUGUCCAACUUCAAGAAGGAUAACACCGGAUAUCAUUUAAAGCAUUUGUUCAUAGGCUCCGAGGGUACGCUGGGCGUCAUUACCAGGUUGUCCAUCUUUUGUCCAACAGCUUCACGCUCGGUUAACGUCGCAUUCAUUGGUCUGCGAAGCUACGAUGCCGUGAAACAGACGUUCCUUGCAGCAAAGCGUGGUCUGGGAGAGAUUUUGUCCUCCUGCGAAAUGAUCGAUGCGCCCUCACUGGACAGUUGUACUCGAUUCUUUGGGCUACAGUCACCGAUAGAAAAGUAUCCCUUUUACAUGCUCAUCGAAACAUCUGGCAGCGAUGCAGGACACGAUGAAGAGAAACUAUCUCGCUUCUUGGAGCAAUCGAUGGAAAAUGGUCUCGUCGAGGAUGGAACCGUUACAAAUGAGCCAACCAAAAUGAAGAACAUUUGGAAAUUGCGGGAACUGAUAGCGGACAGUCUGCUAAGUGAUGGGUACUGCUUUAAGUACGAUAUUUCGCUUCCUUUGGACCAAUUCUAUGAUAUCGUACUGGCCGUUCGGGAGCGAGUCGGUGAUCUGGCCAUCAAUGUAACCGGAUAUGGGCACGUAGGGGAUUCCAAUUUACAUUUGAACGUUUCCUGCAAACGUUUUACACCCGAAAUCUAUGCUGCGCUGGAACCGUUUGUGUACGAGUACACUUCGAAGCUGCGCGGUAGUGUCAGUGCUGAGCAUGGAAUCGGAUUUCUUAAAAAGAAAUACCUGCAUUACUCGAAACAAGCGGAACCGUUGAGAUUGAUGCGCCAGAUGAAGCAGUUACUUGAUCCGAACGGUAUACUUAACCCGUACAAGGUGUUACCCCCGGAGACACCGGUGACAAAUCAUUAGCAGACCAAAAAUUCGUGAACGCCCGUGAUUCUCCAAAAAUGUGCCUUGAUUGGUUGAAAACUAGAAAUUACCUCAACAAUGUUGAAGCUAUUUAGUGAAGAACGUACUUUUCUCUCAGGUUAUCGAGAUUACUUACCAAACGAGGGUAAUAAUGUAAACAUUUUCCGCAAUAAAUGUAACAUGUCAAACAUGUAAAAC